UGUUUUCACUUGAUAGUAUUAUUUUACCAUUAAAAAAAUAUUUUUUGUCGUUGUUGUAGACGGACAGAAUGCCUUUAUUUGUUUCUCUUUAUGUGGUGCUAAGGAUUGAACUCAAUCCUCACACAUGCUAAGCAAGCGCUGAGCCACUGAGCUACAGCCCCAGCCCCUUAUUUUACUGUUUUACAUUGCAGAAGGCAAACACCCCAAAAUCUGAAGUUUCAGAAUAAUAACACCCCCAAACCUGAAGUUUCAGCACUACCUAUCAGCAUUAGUAAGCUAAUGGAAAUGUUUUUCUUUUCUGGCUAAUUCUCUGGUAUGUUUUGAGGAAAGUGGUUUAAGAGGUUAGUUUUAUCUCUUUCUUGAUAACUGCAACCUUAAGAAAAUAAAUGUUUAACUUUGCUUCUUCUGUGGCUUGUUCACCUGAAUUCAAGAAGAUGGAAUUUAAGCAGCUUUGGAAGGAGUGAGGAAUAGAGUUCUGGAAAUUCUUUUUUAUUGAGAAUCUCCUGUGUAGAGUUGUUUUAUAAAAUGGCUAUAUGAGAAAUCUAUAAAAGGAAGUUUUUUUAAUUUUAAAAACAUUCAUUGUUUUAAAAUUAUAUACAAGUUGUAAAAAGUUCAAAUUUUACAGGGAAGUUUUUUUUUAAAGAAAGUGUAAUUAUCCAACCCUGCCCUUCUUCCCCCAUUUAGUGCAUAGUUGGAGUUAUUCCUUUUUCACCUUAAAUAAGGUAUUAUGAUCACUUAUUUAACAGAAGAGGGAACUGAGUCUCAGAGACAAAGUAAAUUGUUGAUGAUCACCUGGAUGAUAAAUAGGUUAAGAUUCAAACCCAUGUAUCUGAUCCCAAAGUUUCAUUAUUUCUGCUAUUCCAAAAAGUAUCUUAAGCAUUUGUUCCAUGUAGUUUAAAAUUACUGUGACAUAAAGUCUCUAAGUUUCAGCUUUAGAUUUAUGAUUUCUUUUGUAAAAUGUACAAAUAGUUUGCAAAUUAAAGUUUAAUUAUUUGUAGUAAUUUCUGGUUCACAGGGGAUCAAAAUUUAACUUGAAGGGAAUUUUGGUCAUUCACCAAAGACAAAUUGGUUUUCUGCCUUUGAAAUUUAUGAGUUUUUCUUAGCUGUUUUAAAAUUCCAGGUUCUCCUCGAUCAGUAGUGUGCUUUUGUACUUUCAAAUGCUUCAAAAAACAUUUUAGAAGACUGUCAGAAUUUAGAAAUGAAAAGCAUGUGAAUACAUGAACAACAAUCAUUCGAAAAAAUAGUGUAGUUGGAAAAGGUAUAUAUUCUAUCUCUCUAGAUAUGUCUAUUCUGGGCAUUUCAUUUAAAUGGAGUAAUUCAGUAGGUAGUCCUUACUGAUUGCCUUUUUUUCACUUAGCAUGUUUUAAAGGUUUACCCAUGUAGCACAUAUGUGUACUUCAUUUUUUUUUCUUAUAGCUGGACAGUAGUCAUUGUAUUGCUAUAUCACUAUUUUUUCAGUGCUCUACCACUGUAGUGCAUCUCCACUAGUUAUUUUGACUAUGAAGAAUAAUGCUUUUGUGAACAUUCUCGUACAUGUUUUUGUGUGGACAUAUUUUUUUCAGUGCUUGAGAGUGUUGACCUAGGAAUUGCUGCGUCAUAUGGUAACUCAGUGUUUUACCUUUUAAGAAACUGCUAAAUUGUUUUACACAGUGACUUCACCAUUUUAAUUGCUACUAGUAGUGUAUAAGAGUUCCAGUUUUUCUGUAUCCUUAAAAUCAUUUGUUGUCUUUUUUUGUUAUAAUCAUCCUAGUGGCUGUGAAGUGGUAUUAUUUGCAUUUCCUUGGAGCUAUAGAUGUUGAGUUUGUGUAUGUUUUCAUGUGCUUUUUGUUAGACAGCUUUUCCUCAGCCAUGGCUAUGACAAAUAUCUGAGAAAGACUGCUUAAAGGACGAAAAAUUUAUUUUGGCUCAUGUUCUCAGAAGUUUCAGUACAAGGUCCACUGGUUCCAUUGCUUUUAGGCCUGUAAUUAGGUAGAGACAUUAUGGUACAAGGUAUGGCAGAGCAAAGCUGCUCAGGAGAGGUGAAGAGAAAAGGGGUGGGAGGAAAAAAAUAUACCCUUUCAGGGUAUAUUCUCAAUUUUCUACUUCCUUUAGCUGGCUCCAAGUAGGCCCCACCUCUUACACUUUUACCACCUCCUGGUAAUACAAAUAAUGCCAUCAAAUUGUGAUUCCUUCAAUGUAUUAAUCCAUUGAUAAGGUCAGAGCCCUCAUGAUCCAUCACUUCCCCAAAGCCCCACCUCUGAACAUAGCUGCACAUGGGAACAAGCCUUCAACACAUGAGCCUUUGGAGGACAUUCCAGAUCCAAACUAUAACACUUUUCUGAUUUAGAAAUGAUCUGACUUAGAAAUGAUCUGACUUAGAAAUGUCAGAUUCUUUGCCUAUUUAAGAAAAAUAUUUUUAGUUGUAGAUGGACACAAUAACUUUAUUUUAUUUCUUUAUUUUUAUAUGGUGCUGAGGAUUGAACCCAUUGCCUCACACGUGCCCGGCAAGUGCUCUUCCGUGAGCAAGUUUUUGUAAUAAGCCAAAUAACAAUAAAAGGAGUUGUAUCAAAGAAAAGGAUCUGAAGUUUUCAAGAAAUGGGGUCUGUUUGUUGCCCAAGCUGGCCUGUAACUCCUGAGCUCAAGUGAUCCUCUUGCCUUAGAUUCUUGAGUAUCUGGGACUACAGAAAAAUUUGAUCUAUUAUUAUGGAUUUGCCAAAUAUAUAUAGAUCUAUAAAGGACAGUAUAAUGAACUCCAUGUAAUGAUCACCUGACUUCAGGGCUUUCUAUUUUGCAGUUUUGUUUGUGCCUUCUAUUUUGGUUUUGGGAAUUGAGUUCACAGUUCAAAGAAGGAGGCUCAAAACUUACUGAGAUAAUCUAUGGAAUAAAGAAAACAGAAAUUAUGAGUGGAGGAUCUCAAGUCCACAUUUUUUGGGGUGCUCCAGCUAGUCCACUGGAAAUGACAGUAUCACAGAAAACAACUUUAAUGUCCACUGCAGACCCCUGGAAAACAAUUCAACUUUGGUACAAUCAGCAUUCUUUGCAUCUGAAGGACAAAAACCAUGAGCCAAACAAUCUAAAAGACUAUCAAGUCUCAGAAGCUAUUACUGGCCCUCCAGAUCUUUUAAGUGGUUGUUGUUUAGUGAAUUCUGUGAGUAGAUCUGUUCAAGUUAAAGAUGAUUUUACAUACUUUACUUCAGAAACACAGAAUAUAAAAUCCCAGAAGAUUUACCCUUCAGGGCUGAGUGAUGUAACUAAUUCUAAUGUGCAAAUACACGGAUUUAAGGGCACAGUUCAGCAUUUACCUGAAGAAAAAAAGAAUCAAAAGGUUCAAUGUGAAAAUAAUAAAAUUACAGAUGAAGAGCCUAAAAAUCAAUCAAACUUAUGUCAAAACUUUCAAACAAAUUCCUUUCGGUUAGAUCAUAAAUGUGCAGUUAUAUUGGAUUUGGUUGGUAGUACUAAACAAAUUAAUACAGAUCUUGAAGCUGUAGAAACAAAGUAUAAGCCAACAGAACACCAUGAAAUGCAAAACCAGUGUCUGGACUUCUUUUCCUCUAAUGCAGUGGAUGAGCCAAGGUCUGAUAGAGCAGUUAGGAAUGUCUCAAAACUUAAAAUAUCUACUGACACUGAAUUUCUGAGUAUAAUGAUCUCCAGCCAGGUUGCUUUUUUAGCUCAAAGGGAGGAUAGAGCUCUGAAUUCUAUAAAUAAAGGGACCAUAAGCAUGGAAACUGAACCAAAGGCAAGUCAUGGGGAAAUAAGAAUAACUGAAGAUAGUUUUAUUCAGCCUAAUGAUGAUUUUGCAGAAGGACAUGAAAGAGGACAAAAUGAAGAAACAUAUUCCUUAGAACUUUUUAGUCCUAUUUGUCCUGAAAAAAAAAGUAGCCACAUUCACAUAAACCCUGAAAAAGAUGUUGAAGAAAAUAUAGGAUCUCAAGAACUUUUCAGUUCUGAAGAUAAACUGUCACCAAAUGAGAUCUGUAUUGAGUUGUGUCGCUCAGGAACACAGUGUUCCCAACUAAAUACCUUUCACAAAAGUGCUGUUAAAAGAAAUUGGAGCUCUGAAGAUAAAUCAGGCCAUUCGAAAGCUCUGUCUAAAGUCCUCCAAGUAUCUAAGAAAAUGAAGUUGGGUUCUAAUGCAAGAGAUUCUAUCAUAGCAAUGAGCCAGAGGAAUGUGUCUGAAUUUAAGGGUAUUAAAAAAAUAUCAUUAAUAAAAAAUUGUGAUUCUAAAAGUCAGAAGUAUAAUUGUUUAGCUAUGGUGUUAACUCCAAGUCAGAUGAAAGAAAUAAACAUAAAAUCUGGACCCAAUUCUGGAUCUAAAGUGCCUUUAGCAACAAUUAUAGUAAUUGAUCAAUCAGAAAUUAAGAAGAAAGUUUUUCUGUGGAGAACUGCUGCAUUUUGGGCACUUACAGUAUUUCUCGGAGAUAUAAUUUUACUCACAGAUGUUGUUAUUCAUGAGGAUCAAUGGAUUGGUGAGAUAAUACUCCAAUCAACAUUCACAAGUCAGUUAUUAAAUCUUGGGAAUUAUUCAUCUGUACAGCCAAAAGAAUAUUCCAAUAUAGUUAGUGAUGUUGCACUUCAGGAUUUACUGGCAUAUGUGUCCUCAAAACAUUUUUAUCUUGAAGAUCUUCCACAGAGGCAGCCUCAGAAAGUGAACAGUAUAGAGUUUGUAGAAUUGGAGCGACUACAACCUGAUAGAUUAGUCCAUGCAGUACUAAGAGUUGUGGAUAUCACUAUACUGACAGAAUCAUUAUACACUUACAGAGGACAGAAGCAAAGGAAAGUUAUGUUAACAGUGGAACAGGCCCAAGGUCAACACUAUGUGCUUGUAUUAUGGGGUCUUGGAGCAGCCUGGUACCCUCAACUUCAAAGGAAAAAAGAUUAUAUUUGGGAAUUUAAAUAUCUUUUGGUUCAGCACAACUGCAUACUGGAAACCCUAGAGUUGCAUACAACGCCUUGGUCAUCCUGUGAAUGUCUGUUUGAUGAUGAUAUAAGGGCAAUUACAUUUAAAACAAAAUUUCAAAAUAGUGUACCCACUUUUGUCAAGAUGUCAGAUUUAGAGGCACACUUAAAGGAUAAGUAUUCAGGAGUAGUUCUAAUUAAAGCUCAAAUUUUAGAACUAGUAUUUCCUGUUGCAGCAGCUCAGAAGAUAACUCUAAAUGCUCACAGUUCCCUGAAGAGUAUCUUCUCCUCUCUCCCCAACAUUAUAUAUACUGGCUGUGCAAAAUGUGGAUUGGAACUAGAAACAGAUGAAAACAAAAUCUACAGACAGUGUCUUAGCUGCUUGCCGUUUGCUAGGAAGAAAACACAUUAUAGGCCAGCUUUAAUGACUGUAGCUGAUGGAACACAUAACAUUUGCAUCCAUGUAGCAUCAGAGUUGAUAGAGAAGAUUCUUCUCAACAUUUCUCCAGACUGCCUCAACAGAAUUGUAGUACCUUCUUCAGAGAUCACCUAUGGAAUGGUUGCAGCAGACCUGCUUCUCUCCUUGUUGACAGAUAGCACAGAGCCUUGUGUGUUGAAGAUUCAGAGCCUUUUUGUCUUAGAUGAAAAUAGUUACCCAUUGCAACAGGAUUUCUCCCUACUGGAUUUCUGUCCUGAUCAGUGUAAGGCGUGGAGCCCUUCUCUGAGGCCACAUGAGGAAGUUGUAGACAUUCCAAAGAAGAAGUACUGAAAUGAUUUGUAUUUUAAAUGAAUGAUAGGGGUUUUGCUUUGGGCUUAUUUUAUAUAUAUAUAAAAUAAAGAAAAUUGUGCUAAACAUAUGAAUUAAAAUUAUUUUUUCUAAGAAAA